GUUGUUUUUAUUUUUAUGGUAAGCGGUCGUGCGGUCGGUUAAUUUCUCGUUCGAUUUCAAUACAAAUUUAAAUAUUAAAAACCAAAAAUUUCUUAAGAAACUCUCGUUUUGCUUUGAUUGGCCAAAACCGACGCUGACGGCUGCAAGAUGAAUCGUCGUUUUUCGCGUGUAGAAUCCGGUGCGGAUUUAAAGGAUUAUUUCGAUCGCGGUGAUAUAGCAUCACGUGAGAAUCGCUGGAAUUUCGAAGUAGCAUGGGAGGUGGCCAACAAGGUCGGUGGCAUUUAUACAGUCAUUCGGUCGAAGGCCUAUGUCUCCACCGAAGAAAUGGGCGAGCAGCUGUGCAUGAUGGGACCUUACAAGGAGAAUUGUGCCCGCACUGAGAUGGAGGAAAUGGAAUUUCCGCGUGGCAAUCCUUUGCUUGAUGCUGUGAAUAGCCUGCGUUCUCGUGGCUAUAAAAUCCAUACAGGACGUUGGCUAGUCGAUGGCAAUCCGCAAUUGAUACUCUUCGACAUUGGCUCGGCCGCAUGGAAAUUAGAUCAAUUCAAAUCGGAAAUGUGGGAAAAAUGCCACAUUGGUAUACCACAUUUGGAUAUUGAGACAAAUGAUGCCAUUAUCUUGGGUUUCAUGAUUGCUGAAUUCCUGGAAGAGUUCCGUAAUUUCGCAGUAUCAUAUUCUCAGAACAAUGGCCUCAGUGCUCCGCGAAUUGUGGCCCAUUUCCAUGAGUGGCAAGCCGGUGUCGGUUUGAUAGUCCUAAGGACACGUCAAGUCGAGAUUGCAACUGUUUUUACCACCCAUGCUACCCUGUUGGGUCGUUAUCUGUGUGCUGGCAACACGGAUUUCUAUAAUAAUCUCGACAAAUUCGCUGUCGAUGAGGAGGCGGGCAAACGACAGAUCUAUCAUCGCUAUUGCCUGGAGCGUGGUGCAACACAUUUGGCCCAUAUAUUCACGACCGUAUCGGAAAUCACGGGCUACGAGGCGGAGCAUUUGCUCAAGAGGAAACCAGAUAUCAUUACGCCAAACGGUUUGAAUGUCAAGAAAUUCUCAGCUAUACACGAGUUCCAGAAUUUGCAUGCCGUGGCCAAGGAGAAGAUCAACGAGUUUGUACGUGGACAUUUCUAUGGCCACAUGGAUUUCGAUUUGGAUAAGACCUUGUACUUCUUCAUUGCCGGCCGCUAUGAGUUUGGCAACAAGGGUGCCGAUAUUUUCAUUGAAUCGCUUGCCAGAUUGAAUGCCAUGUUAAAACAUGAACGUCCCGAUACCACAGUGGUGGCCUUCCUCAUUUUUCCAACGAAAACCAAUAAUUUCAAUGUGGAUUCGUUGCGUGGCCAUGCUGUGAUUAAGCAGCUACGUGAUACCAUCAAUAAUGUUCAGCAGGCUGUGGGUAAACGUAUGUUUGAUACUUGCCUCAAGGGUCACAUCCCCAAUGCCGAUGAUCUGCUGGAGAAGGAUGAUCUGGUGAAGAUCAAACGUUGUAUGUUUGCCAUGCAACGUGACUCCAUGCCGCCGGUGACUACGCAUAAUGUGGCCGACGAUUGGAAUGAUCCCGUCUUGUCAUCGAUUCGUCGCUGUCAUCUGUUCAACUCAGUGCAUGAUCGCGUUAAAAUGGUCUUCCAUCCGGAGUUUUUGACCUCGACAAAUCCAUUGUUUGGCAUCGACUACGAGGAAUUUGUGCGUGGCUGUCAUUUGGGUGUUUUCCCCUCUUACUACGAGCCCUGGGGAUAUACACCAGCCGAAUGUACGGUGAUGGGCAUACCAAGUGUGACCACAAAUCUGUCCGGAUUCGGUUGUUUCAUGCAGGAGCAUAUCAGUGAUCCCAAAUCCUAUGGCAUCUAUAUUGUCGAUCGUCGUUACAUUGGCCUCGAGAACAGUGUCCAACAAUUGUCUAGCUUCAUGAUGGAAUUCUCACGUCUAAAUCGCCGUCAGCGUAUCAUUCAACGUAAUCGCACAGAGCGUCUCAGCGAUUUGCUCGACUGGCGUACUCUGGGCAUUUACUACAGACAGGCAAGGGUUAAGGCAUUGCAAGCCGUCUAUCCGGACUAUAUAGAUGAAACGACUUUGUACGGUUCACGGAAUAAUUUGAUUUUCUCGCGUCCCCACAGUGAACCGCCUAGCCCUACCUCAUCGCGUCACACCACACCAGCUCCAUCGGUUCAUGGUUCCGAUGAUGAGGACUCUGUGGAUGAAGAAACCGAGCUCAAGGAAUUAGGCAUCAAAUAAAUCAAAGAACAAAAUGAUCAAAUUACACCAUAAUUAAACACACAUAUGCGCAAUAUUAUCGUAAGUUUUAUUUAGUAAUUUUGUUUCUACACAUUGUUCAAAAGAGGUUGGAGAGGUUUGGAGAAAACCCCCGCUUCCUCCACCUCCAACACAUGGAAAACUAUCUACCUAAAAUGCAACAAGUGCAACUAACCAUUUUUAAGCGCCAAUCGAGAUGAGAACAAAUAAAAAAAACUCUUAUAUUCAAUGUUGUUUAGUUUAUAAGCAGAGAAAUUUACUAUAUUGUCCCCCUCUCCUCAUCCCUCCGCACACGUCUCUACGAAACCUGCCUGCAAAACAAAACAAAUUGUUAUUUAAACCAAUUAAAUUAUACAUUAUUAUAAAACAAAAAACAUACACACAUGCAUACAAUCAUACUUAUGUGUGGAAUAUAUAGAAAAAUUUCAAUUCUCAUAAAACAAAUAUACCUAUAUAUAUAAAUUGACACGUUAUCAAGGUUUUCGCAUUAAUCUUAACGUACAACUACUACAUGAUGCAUAAUAAACCUAAUCAGAAAUAUGUUUUUCCUCAAUUCGUUCCGUUAAAUGUCAAACAAAAUGUUAAAUUAUGUAAUAGAAGAUUAGAAAAUUGUUAACGUACAAUAAUAAUAAAAACAAAAAUAAACACCUAUAA